GGUCGAGGCGAUUUAACAAUUUUUUUUUGUGGAGCCAUCUCUCGGCGGGACAUUUCGAUCGCUGUUUUUUUUUUUUUUCUCUCACAUCUGUAGGCGGCGUUUGAACAUGUCCAGACUUGCACCUCUCCAAAGCCCUCUCUCUGCUCUCAGCUGUGAGCAGGACAAACGGCCGAGCUUCUCUCUCAUAUUAUCUCUCGCACGUGCUACGCCGGCGUGAUUUUGUCACGCACGCUUUUAUGGCGCGUAAUUUGUUCAGAAUGCGGGAAGAUCGGUUGCGCCGUCAGUUAGGAUAGGAUAGGCAGUUGUAGGACAGGCAGUUUUACACUUGCGUAUGUUUUUGUGAUUGACGACAUUGCAAGUGAGAAGGUAUAGAAGACUAAUUUGCGUGCUUUUUUUGCAGAAUUAUUGUGUAUUUUUAAAGGGGUUUCUAGAAUAAUGUAUAGCCUACCGGUACUCGGCAACGGUAUGAUGAAUAGGAAAUCUCCCGUUUGGCGCCACUUUACUCCCCCAGCCAAAGGCGAUGACGAACGCCAGUACGUCGUGUGCCAGAGAUGCGGAGACAAACUUAGUUACCAUGCUACCACUAGUAAUCUAUUAGCCCAUAUUAAAAGAAGGCAUGUAACUAUUUGUUUGAACCCUGAUAAUCGAAGUGAUUUGGACGAGUCCUCCAGUAAACAGUCCAAAUUGGAACUUAUUCGUCCCAUCCUCCCUGCUCAGCAAGAAAAGAUUACUUCUCUAGUUGUGGAUUUUAUUGUAAAGGAUAUGCGCCCGCUCAGCACAAUAGAAGGAACACAUUUCAAGCGCUUAAUGGGACAUGUUGCACCAAAUUAUUCACUGCCAUCCAGGAGGACCAUAACACGACGUGUAGAGAAAGAAUAUUGUGAAAAAAAGAUGGAGCUCAAGAGAGUUCUUGAAAACAUUAAGCAUAUGAGCUUGACUUUCGAUGCUUGGACUAGUGUGAAAAUGGAAGCAUAUUUGGGCAUUACAGCCCAUUAUGUUGAUGCCAAAUUUAAUCUGUGUUCAUGUGUGUUAAGUGUGAAACCUUUGGAUGAUAGACAUACUGCAAAAAAUAUUUGUGAGUGGGUAGAAGAAGUUCUCAAUGACUUUGGUGUUAGUCCUCACGCUGUCUGUGCAGCAGUAAGCGAUAAUGGAUCUAAUAUGAAGGCAGCCAAAGAUAUUUUUCAUGAAAAAUUUGGUUGGGCUAGUGUUGCUUGUGCAGCGCACACUCUCCAACUUUGUUUAAACAAAGGAUUGGGAAUAAACGGCAUAGAAAAACCUCUUGCAGCAGCUCGACGACUAGUGCAACAUUUUAAGAGAAGUGAAUUGGCGACCAGUGCACUGGGGAAAAAGUGUGAGGAAAUGAAGCUUACCUCCAAAACACUCAUAAUAGAUGUAUCCACAAGGUGGAACAGUACUUACAACAUGCUUGUAAGGUUGCAGGAAUUGCAAUGGCCAAUUUUGGCUAUACUUGGAAAUAAAAAUAUCACAAAUGCCACCAAAGCCUCCGCUCUUACAAUCAAGCCUGGGGACUGGGAGAUUUUCAAGCAGUUGAUUCCAGUACUUGAGAACCUUUUGCAGAGGCUACCGAUCUUUUAGGAGGCGAAAAAUAUGUCUCGAUAUCGAUAAAGAAUCCAUACAUCAAGGGAUUGAAAAAACAUCUGUCACGCGAGAAAGAUGAUGAACCUUUGGUAAUCCGGCAGUUCAGACAAAAAGUAAAAGGCGAAAUGGAGGAGCGAUUUCCUAUUGAUAUUAAUGAUAUCAGCUCGAAGGCAAUGGCUCUGGAUCCCAGAUAUAAACUGUGGGGACUUCGUACUGUGGAGUCUCUUCAGCUCAAAAGUGCAAUCGAAUUGGAACUCACAGUCUUAUUUGAACAAACAGUUGUUGAAAAAGCUGAACCUUCAUCUUCUUCAGUUCAGCAAUCGACAUCCAUCAUAAGCCUUGCCUUCGAAUCAUCAGAGUCCGAUGACAGUGCAGAUACUGAGGUCCCAGUGGUUGCCAAUGAAGUGAACAAAUUUUUUAGUUCCAAAGUACUUUCUGAAUGUUCAAACCCCCUCACUUGGUGGAAAGAUCAAAACGCUAAUUAUCCAAACUUGAGCAAGCUUGUUGGCAAAUAUAUGUGUGUAACAGCAACAUCAACCCCAAGUGAGCGAUUAUUUUCUGCAGCUGGAAACACUGCCACUGAGCUCAGAUCAAGCCUCACCGGAUCACAUGUGGAAGCUCUUGUAUUUUUAAAAUGCAAUUCUGACAUAUGACUUUUUCCUUCCCAUUGACUUAUUGAUAAAGCAUGUUUCUUAUCAUAUGUGACAACUUAGCAAAUGACUGAGUGAUAGAUUUUGUGUUUUAGGAUUUCAUGUAUCUGGAGAACCCAUUGCAAUAAAAAAAGUCACAUGUAAUUUUGUAGUUGCUAAUUUGGUAAAAUUUUUAUAAGUAUUCGAGAUUCGAUUCGAUUCGAAAAAAAUAUUCGAUUCGAUUCUGAAAUCAUCAGGUAUUCGAAAAUGCCC